AUAUUUAUUAUACCGUUAAUCCAGUAAUUUCUGAUAGAAUUGGAAAAAGAAAAAGGGAAAGGCUAAAUUGUUUUGCAAUUCAACAUAACUAGUAGACAGACUAGAAAACAUUUUAAACAUUGAUAGUAGCAAAGACUAAGAAUGUCUAAUAGUUGUUUCUAGUUCCCGCUAAUUCGAAUUGUAUUGUUAGGUUAGGUAUUACCAAAAAGUUGCAGUUCGUUAAGAUUUGUAGCUGUUUUUAGUUAAGGGAUAUAUCAUAUAUAAUUCUAAGUAAAGUGCCAUUUCGUUGCGUUCGAUUAUUCUACGGUUGUUGUCAGUUGUAUUUCGUAUAUUAUUUUAGAAGAAUAAGAUGUCGAGUUUCAAAGAAAAUUGUGAAAAAUAUUUCGGUACCACUAAUUUUUAUGAAGUACUGGAAGUUGCGAAGGAUGCUUCUCUAAAGGAAAUAAAAAAGGCCUAUCAUAAAUUGUCCUUGAUGGUUCAUCCUGACAGAGUUGAUGCUAGUCAGAAGCUAGUAGCUACUGAGAAGUUCAAAGUUCUUGGGAAAAUUCAUACCAUCCUACAGGAUGAAAAUAAACGUAAGAUUUAUGAUGACUGCGGUGAGUUUGACGAUGAAAGUGACGGUGAUUUCAACUGGAUGGAAUACUGGAGGAGCCUCUUCAAAAAAAUAAGCCUCAAAGAUAUUCAGAAUUUCGAAAAAGAUUACAUUGGCUCGGAAACGGAAGUAAGAGAUAUCAGAAAAGCGUAUGAAUCUUGUAAAGGUAACAUGACAAAGAUGAUGGAGUAUAUUCCUUUUGCCAAUCCAGAAAGUGAACCAAGAAUUAUAGAAGUAAUGAGGGGUUUGGUGGAUAAAGGUGAAGUUGAAGAAUACGACCAGUUCUUCAAUGAACCUGCUAGAAAACGAAGAUUGAGGCAUAAGAAAUAUCAAAAGGAAAAGGAAGAAGUUGAAAAGGAAUCAAUGGAAGAUGUGGAAAGGUUGACUAAUGAGAUACAGGAAAGAUCAUUAUCAAACUUUAUGAACAUGAUUUCUCAUUUUGAAACUAAAUAUGGAAAUAAAAAAAGGAAAUCAAUAACAGAAAGGAAAACCUCUGCUAAGAAAAGGAAAGUCUCUAAAAAAUAAGGUCUAUGUUUUUUUGCUGAUCUCUUCUCAAGAUCUGAUAUCAAGACUUGGCUGUUUCUGUUCAUAUUCUCUCCUAACAGAUUAUAGAUUAUUUUUUAAAUAUAAAUAUUCCAACAGUU